UUCGGACUCGCCCAUCACCAUAACCGGCAAAUGUAAACCAAGCGGCUUACAUCGGUUACAUCGAACUUUUUUAUCAAAUAAGUAAAGUUACUCGUGAAACAACAUAUUAGAAGUUCCGGGAGGGACGAGAAAAGGCCAAGCAUUUUAAAAUUAUUAUAAAGGUGGUACAUGAGACGGUAAAAAUGCAACGAAACGCUACCAAAGAUCAGCAAGGUAAUUCAAUAAAUUCCGACACUACCACCCCAAAUUCGGAUGAGAGUAAGCAACCACCUCGUCGAGGGAGACCACGGAAGCUGGGCAAACAAAAAAUUUCGCACCCCAUUAUUCCAACAGGCAAAGGACGUGGCCGCCCCAAAAAACAACAUGCUUCAACUGACAAAUUGGGAAAUGACGCGGUAAGCGAUAUUAAAGGAAGACCAACAGCUAUUCUCCCAACCAAACGUGGUCGCCCAAGAAAGGAGAAGGUUUACAGCGAUAGUGAAAAUUCGUCAUACCAUGAGAAACCAGAUUAUGAAGAACGUCGCCCAGUAGGCAGACCGUCCACUGGCGCAGUGAAUUUGAAUAUUGUUCGUACGGGUCGUGGUCAGGGUAGGCCAAAAAAAUCAAAGCAACCUAUUCGUCCUAUAGCGAUACCUGCACAAUCUAAUGCUAAUCAACCGAUUAGAAAACGUGGUCGGCCAAGCAAAGGUGGAGUACCUUAUGAACGCACAGGUAAACCACGUGGACGUCCUAAGCUUCUUAAUACAACCCUAAAUACCAGUGGUGGCCAGAACCAGGAGGAGGAAAAUUAGAAGUACUGUCGCUAUACAAAGGCGUAAUGUGAAGCCAAGUCGCCUGUAAGCUAUAUUAGAAUGCAACUUUUGAGCACACUGGCGAGCUUCAAAAUUAUGUACGAUUUGACCUGACGGAUAAAUAGACCUAAUAUAACACAUUUUUUCAACUUUAACGCCCUAUUGUCGGGGAACAACCGCCACCUAUCAAACCAAUGAGUACCUCUUUAGGCUCUCACAAUAUAUUUUAUUAAAAAGCCAGUUAAGCUUUUAAUUUCCUAAAAUAGACAUACCAAACGACAUUUUUCAUUUGUUAUAGCCUUACGUGUAUUAAUUUAAACUGUGCUAGCCAGUUUUAUGUACGCGAAUUUGAAGUUUUCAUAUUUUCUAUUCGAUUUGAUUUUAUCGCUAUAGCUAUGUGUACAUAUUUCAUUCGCAUUGAUUUAUUUUUUUCCCCCUAAUUUUUCGCCUAACUCAUUUUGUUUAAAUGUUUUUUUUUUCAUGAUAUUCUUUCUUAUUUGUUUAAUGUAAAAUUCCGAAAAAUUAUAAAAUAUUUUUUGAAGGUUGAGGCAGAUAGAAAAAAAAGAAUAUAACUGCAAUGUCUGCCUACUGAAAAUAAUGUAAUUACUAGCUGGCGCCCUUCAUAUCAUUAUACGUUUAAAAUGUCAAAACUUGUAAACAAACAAAUUAAAAUGGGUAAACAAAUUUUUAAAUAGACAUUAUAAUAUGUUUCUUAUCAGAACACUACAAAUUCAAUCAAACUUUUAUCACUUAAAUACAUUUUAGUCAAAAGCAAAGUGUAUUAAUAAAGUGCCAGAUAACUCGUAUGUACCCUUAAGUAACCUCAUUUGGGCAAAUAAAAAUGAAAAUUUAUUUUUUAA